GCGCAUGCGCGCCGCGUCUCCCCGCGCCGCCGCGCCUACAGCUGCCCUGGUUACCGUUGGUGUUUGCGAAUACCCUGCAGCGAUUUCUUUGCUUGAGGCGGGCUCUGCCAUGCUCUAGCAGCAGUUCGAGACGCGCGCGCCCGCGUCACGUGGUCCUAGGAGCCUUCGCCGUCUGCGGCCGGCGGCCGGGUGAGGCUGGAGGAAGGAGUUGCGGCCACAGCUCGCCCUCUCAGCGCCCCCGGGACAGGCGCGAGGAUAAAAAUGGCGAAACAGGGGUAGCCAGCGCCGCACUCGCGGCGAUGGGGCGCGCAGGUGGGGCGGCUGUCGGAGCCUCCUGACUUGGGCGCUGGGCUGUUCGCGGCGGAUCUGACCUGGUGACCUCAAGCUGGUGCCUAAUAGGUCAGACCACGGACUCCUCGGGUCGCCACGGGCCCCGCCGAGAGCCGGAGGCAAUGGAUGAACAGAGCGUGGAGAGCAUUGCUGAGGUUUUCCGAUGUUUUAUUUGUAUGGAGAAGUUGAGGGAUGCACGCCUGUGUCCUCAUUGUUCCAAGCUUUGUUGUUUCAGCUGUAUCAGGCGUUGGCUGACAGAGCAGAGAGCACAGUGUCCUCAUUGCCGUGCUCCACUUCAGCUUCGAGAACUAGUAAACUGCCGCUGGGCUGAGGAAGUAACACAACAGCUUGAUACGCUUCAGCUUUGCAGCCUCACUAAACAUGAAGAAAACGAAAAGGACAAAUGUGAAAACCACCAUGAGAAACUUAGUGUCUUCUGCUGGACUUGCAAGAAGUGUAUUUGCCACCAGUGUGCACUGUGGGGAGGAAUGCAUGGUGGGCAUACUUUUAAACCUUUGGCAGAAAUUUAUGAGCAGCAUGUCACUAAAGUGAAUGAAGAAGUAGCCAAACUUCGUCGGCGUCUCAUGGAAUUGAUCAGCUUAGUCCAGGAAGUGGAAAGAAAUGUAGAGGCUGUAAGAAAUGCAAAAGAUGAGCGUGUUCGUGAAAUUAGGAAUGCCGUUGAGAUGAUGAUUGCACGGUUAGACACACAGUUAAAGAACAAGCUUAUAACACUAAUGGGUCAGAAGACAUCUCUAACACAAGAAACAGAGCUGUUGGAAUCCUUGCUUCAGGAGGUGGAGCAUCAGUUACGGUCUUGCAGUAAGAGCGAGCUGAUAUCUAAGAGCUCAGAAAUCCUCAUGAUGUUUCAGCAAGUCCAUCGAAAGCCAAUGGCAUCUUUUGUUACCACUCCUGUCCCACCAGACUUUACCAGUGAAUUAGUGCCAUCUUAUGAUUCAGCCACUUUUGUUUUAGAGAAUUUUAGCACUCUGCGCCAGAGAGCGGAUCCUGUUUAUAGUCCACCACUUCAGGUUUCAGGACUCUGCUGGAGGUUAAAAGUUUACCCAGAUGGAAAUGGAGUUGUACGUGGCUAUUACCUUUCUGUGUUUCUGGAACUCUCAGCUGGCUUGCCUGAAACUUCCAAAUAUGAAUAUCGUGUAGAGAUGGUUCAUCAGUCCUGCAAUGAUCCUACUAAAAAUAUAAUUAGAGAAUUUGCAUCUGACUUUGAAGUUGGAGAAUGCUGGGGUUAUAAUAGAUUUUUCCGUUUGGAUUUACUUGCAAAUGAAGGAUACCUGAAUCGGCAGAAUGACACAGUAAUUUUAAGAUUUCAGGUGCGUUCACCAACUUUCUUUCAAAAAUGCCGAGAUCAGCAUUGGUAUAUUACUCAGUUGGAAGCGGCACAGACUAGUUAUAUUCAACAAAUAAACAACCUAAAGGAGAGACUGACCAUUGAACUGUCUCGAACUCAGAAAUCAAGAGAUUUGUCACCACCAGAUAAUCAUCUCAGUCCCCAAAAUGACGAUAGCCCUGAGACACGGGCCAAGAAGUCUGGGUCAAGUUCUGACUUACUUCUUGAAGGUUGUCCAGCCACAGCUUCUGCACGAGAGGCCAAAGAAGAGGAAGAAGAUGAAGAAAAGAUUCAGAAUGAAGAUUAUCAUCAUGAACUUUCUGAUGGAGAUCUGGAUCUGGAUCUUGUUGGUGAAGAUGAAGUAAAUCACCUUGAUGGCAGUAGUUCCUCAGCCAGUUCAACAGCAACAAGUAACACAGAAGAAAAUGACAUUGAUGAAGAAACCAUGUCCGGAGAAAAUGAUGUGGAGUACAACAACAUGGAAUUGGAAGAGGGAGAGCUCAUAGAAGAUGCAGCUGCUGCUGGACCCCCAGGUGGAAGCCAUGGAUAUGUGGGUGCUAGUAGCAGAAUGUCAAGAAGAACACACUUAUGCUCGGCUGCUACGAAUAGUUUAUUAGACAUUGAUCCCUUAAUUUUAAUACAUUUGUUGGACCUGAAGGACCGGAGUGGUAUGGAGAAUUUGUGGGGUUUACAACCUCGCCCACCUGCUUCACUUUUGCAGCCUGCAGCAUCAUAUUCUCGAAAAGAUAAAGAUCAAAGAAAGCAGCAGGCGAUGUGGCGAGUGCCCUCUGACUUAAAGAUGCUCAAGAGACUGAAAACGCAAAUGGCCGAAGUUCGAUGUAUGAAAACAGAAGUAAAGAAUACCCUUUCGGAAUUAAAAAGCUGCAACGCUGGUUCUGGAGACAUGCAGACAAACCUUUUUUCUGCCGACCAGGCAGCUCUAGCUGCAUGUGAAACAGAGAGUUCCAGCAGAUUGCAGGAUUUGGGAAUGGAGCUCCUGGCAAAGUCCUCAGUUGCCAGUUGUUACAUACGGAACUCCUCAAAUAAGAAGAGUAAUUCACCCAAGCCAGGUCGGUCCAGCAUAGCUGGCAGCCUUUCACUUCGAAGAGCCGUGGACUCUGGGGAAAAUAGUCGUUCAAAGGGAGACUGUCAAGGUUUGUCUGAAGGUUCCCCAGGAAGCUCACAGUCUGGCAGCAGGCACAGCUCUCCACGGGCCCUGAUGCAUGGCAGCGUGGGGGACAUGCUGCCCAAAGCCGACGAGCGUCAGUGCAAAGCUCUGGAUUCUGACGCCGUCGUGGUCGCCGUUUUCAAUGGCUUGCCCACUGUUGAGAAGAGGCGGAAAAUGGUCAUCUUGGGGGCUAAUGCUAAAGGAGGGCGCCUGGAAGGAAUACAAAUGGAUGAUCUGGAGAAUAAUUCUGAAGCUGGGGAGUUAGUACAGCCUAUGCUCCCUGAUGGAGCUUCUGCUGCCCCUGAAGAAGGGAUGAGCAGCGACAGUGACAUUGAAUGUGACACUGAGAAUGAGGAGCAGGAAGAACAUGGUAACAUGGGUGGAUUUAAUGACUCUUUCAUGGCACCACUCCCCGAUGAAGACACAUGUUCCAGUUUUCCUGAUGGUGAGCAAAUAGGCCCUGAAGAUCUCAGCUUCAAUACUGAUGAGAACAGUGGAAGGUAAUUGCCAACCAAGCCAGGAGAACUGACUCCCAAGUUACCUAGACCCUGAAAUUUGGUGUAGUUGGUGCUCAGAUUUUUCAUCAGUUAAAUAACUAGAUUUGGUCAUCUUUAUUUUUUGUUGUUGUUCUCAUCAUCUCUACCUGAAAUAAAUAGUAAAUCUGAAAUUAUUAGAA